AUGUCCUCAUCUCGAGGGACAACAUCGACUCCGCCUGCGAAAACGCGAAAACGCCCGGCACCCGAAGUCGAGGAGGACGAGGCGGAUGAAGCGGACGCUCAGCAGCAGCACAAGAAGGUGCGCUGGGGAAGUCAGCUCGAUGCAGAAGAUGAAGAAGAAGACACUUCGGAGGAGUCGAGUACGCGUCCGGAAAAGUUGUGCUUGGCGGCUGCGUGCUCCGGCGGUAGACUCGGAUGCUCUUACUACGAUCCUAUGAAGGGCAUCAUGUAUGUUCUUGAGGAUACGCAGGAGGAUGCACACUUCGACCUUAUGCAACUUCUGCUUGAGCAGACCAACCCCGACGUCGUACUUGUGGGAGCUCAAGCGGAGGACGAGCUCAUUGAGAUCUGCCGCGCAUAUACGGAGUCCGCCGAGAGCAUCUUUCAGCUACGCCCACAGAAGGACUUCAAACCAAUCCGCGGUCGUAGCGCGCUGAUGUCCCUUGGCUUCCUCAAUGAUCUACCUGACGAAGAGCAAGACCGCGUAUCUCUCUCUGACGACGCGACUGAGCGGAGUGAACCACGCAACGCCUACGAGUUCAUGCAGCGGCGAACGACCGAGCUCGGAGACCCAACUCUGAAGCGCUGGAACGCGUCGAUCCGCAUGUCCAACUACGCUUCUCUUGACUCUGCUCCGCUGUCACUGGGAUCAAUCGGCGCUUUGCUGGACUACAUGUCUCGUCAGCGUGCCGUAGGUGAUCUGGAAGACGAAGGUAUUGGUGGGUUGGAAGUGCGAGGGAUCGAGACGUUAACUCUGGACCGCUUCAUGCAUAUCAACCUAGAUGCGUUGCAUUCGCUGCAGGUCUUUGAAGCGGAGAGUCACGCUUCCAUACACUCUGACAAGACCAAGGAAGGUCUUUCGCUUUUCGGCAUCCUCAAUCAGACGAAGACAACGCUCGGAUACGCGAUGCUCAAGACCUGGCUCCUGCGCCCUUCGCUCUCUAUCCCGACCAUCACCGCACGGCAUGGCGCGGUCGCCUGCUUCACGCGGCCCGAGAACUUUGACAUCGCAUUCAUCAUGCACAAUCAUCUGAAGGGCAUGAAGCCGGUGCCGAAGGUGCUCACUUCGAUCAGGGCUGGGCGCGCAACAGCCAUGGAGUGGCAGGGGCUUAUGAAGUUCUCUUAUGACUCCACCAUGUUGAGGGACAAGCUCUCUGAAUUGAGCGGUGGUGCGGAUGUCGAGAUCGUCCGGAAGCUCGUCGAUGCUUUGGACACCUCGAGUAUCAGGGAGGUCGGCACCAUGGUAAACGAGACGAUCGAUUGGGAAGAGUCCUCCGUCGCGGGUCGUGUUUGUGUUCGUCCUCACAUCGACGAGGAGCUCGAUAACCGCAAGCACAUCUACAACGGCAUUGAUGCCGUUCUCUCCAAAGUCGCCGAGGAGAUUAGCGACAUUGUUCCGCCGGACUAUGCCACUACGUUGAACGUGGUGUACUUCCCGCAACUCGGCUACCUCAUAUGUGUUCCCAUGCUGGACGAAUGGAAGACCGACAGCGGUAUACGGGUGCUUGAUGGGUGGACGUUUCAGUUCUCAUCCGAAUCGCACGUGUACUUCAAGGACGACAAGAUGCACGAUCUUGACAAGCACCUAGGAGACCUCUACCCCUCCAUCGUUGACCGCGAGCUUGAGAUCAUUCAAGAACUCCAAGAUCACGUUCUAGAGUACGACGCGCUCAUGAGCCGCGCAUGCGACAUCUGCGCCGAGCUAGACUGCCUCAUCUGCUUCGCCAAAGCAUCGCAGGCAUACGACUACCGCCAGCCGGAGAUGAGCGAAGACAACGUACUGCUCAUUAAGCAAGGCCGUCAUCCGUUGCAGGAGCAAGUCGUCGAUACAUUCGUGCCGAACAGUAUCACGCUCGUUGGCGGUGGUGGGAACGGGGUAUACCCUGUUCUGCGCGAGCGGAGCGAUGAGACGGAUGAAGUUGAGGAGAACGAGAACGUUCAUAGCGUUAUGGUCUGUACUGGAGCGAAUGGUUGUGGCAAGAGUAUAUACCUCAAGCAGACCGCUCUCAUACAGAUCAUGGCUCAGAUCGGAUGCUUCGUACCGGCCGAGUCAGCGACAUUGGGUGUUGUGGACAAGAUAUUCACGCGUGUCCAGACGCGCGAGUCCGUCUCGAAGGUCCAAUCGGCCUUCAUGAUCGACCUUAAUCAAGUCUCGCUCGCCUUGCGCAACAGCACCGCCCGCUCUCUCAUCAUCCUCGAUGAGUUCGGCAAGGGUACAAUCCCAACCGACGGCGCAGGCCUCUUCGCCGGCACCCUCCAAUCCCUCCUCGCACGCGGUGCUAACUGCCCGAAGGUCCUCGCUACGACGCACUUCCACGAGGUCUUCCGGCGCGACCUCCUAGACCCGCGUAGGAUGAACGUCAGUUUCGUUCAUAUGGAGGUUAUGUUCACGAAUGCUGCCGGUGAAGUGGUCGGUGGAGAUGUAGAGGAGGGCAGUGAGGUCAGCGGUAGUGUGGAUGAAAGGGGAAUCAUCACGUAUCUCUACCGGGUCGCGCCCGGUCUAUCGUUGCACUCGCACGCCGGAAGAUGCGCAGAACUAUGCGGUAUCCAGCCCCAUGUCGUGCAACGGGCGAUGCACGUCAGCCGGCUGCUCGCCGCGCGGGAGAUCCCUCAACUACUAGACGAGUCGCUGACGGAGCGCGAGGUGCAGGACAUGGAGGAUGCGGAAGCGAUAUGCAGACGCUUCCUUGAAUGGGAUCUGACGGUGGAGCAGGCGGACACGGUUGAUGAGGUGAAGCAGAUGCUUUUCAAAGUGUUGGGAAGGCAAAUCGUAGAAGUGGAGGCCGAGGAAGCCGCUGAGGAGACUUGA